CGUGAGUGCAUCUCUAUUCAUGUUGGCCAGGCUGGAGUCCAGAUAGGAAAUGCGUGCUGGGAACUCUUCUGCCUGGAGCAUGGCAUUCAGCCAGAUGGCACCUUCAAGGAUGUGCAGGAUAAACUCAACAAUGAUGAUUCUUUUACCACGUUUUUCAAUGAAACAGGCACUGGGAAGCAUGUGCCACGGGCUGUAAUGGUGGACUUGGAACCAAGCGUAGUAGAUGAAGUGCGGGCUGGGACCUUCCGGGAACUUUUUCAUCCAGAACAACUGAUCACUGGAAAGGAAGAUGCAGCAAAUAACUAUGCCCGUGGCCACUACACCAUU